AUGGAUCCACUCAAGUACAUCUUUCAGAAACCAAUGCCUACAGGAGAUAACAUACCAGAGUCGUAUAAUGGAUGGAGGAUGUUCUUUGAUGGAGCAUCAAACUUUAUUGGAGUUGGAAUAGGAGCAGUCUUAAUUUUGGAAACAGAUGGCAUGAACAUCAAAGAACUCUUAGUGAUUGGAGAUUCCGACCUAUUGGUUCAUCAAGUGCAAGGAGAAUGGACCACUAAGAAUGUCAAGAUCCUGCCUUAUUUGUAUUACAUAAAAGAGUUGAGUAGGAGAUUCACAAGGAUUGAGUUCAAGCAUGUCCCUCGAGCUCAAAAUGAGUUUGCCGAUGUUUUGGCAACAUUGUCCUCAAUGAUUCAACAUCCAAACAAGAAUUACAUCGACCCUAUCGAUAUAGAGAUGCAUGAUCAACAUGCAUAUUGUUUUCAUGUAGAUGAGGAACUGGAUGGAAAACCAUGGUACUAUGACAUCAGAAGGUUGAUAGAAACACAAGAAUAUCCUGAAAAUGCCAUAAGAAAGAAAAAACGGACUUUGACGAGGAUGGACAAUCAUUUCUUCCUUAACGGGGAAAUCCUAUAUAGGAGAACUUCGGAUUUAGGAUUGCUGAGGUGUGUCGACUCCGCAGAAGCGACAAGGCUUUUGGAAGAAAUACAUGCAGGAACAUGUGGACCUCACAUGAGUGUGUUCACUUUGGCAAAGAAAAUUUUAAGAGCCGUAUAUUUUUUUAUGACCAUGGAGAAAGAUAGCAUCUGGUAUGUGCAAAAGUGUCAUCAGUGUCAAGUGCAUAGAGAUUUUAUAUGGGUUUCUGCGAAUGAGCUCAAUGUGAUGGGUUCCCCUUGGCCGUUUGCCGCUUGGGGAAUGGAUGUUAUUGGACCUAUAGAGUCUCCCACAUUAAAUGGACAUCGUUUCAUCCUGGUGGCUAUCGACUAUUUCACAAAAUGGGUCGAAGCUUCGACAUGCAAGGCAGUAACAAAGAAGGUUGUAGCAGACUUUGUUCGCAACAAUAUAGUUUGUCAGUUUGGAAUUCCAAAAUCAAUCAUAACAGAUAAUGCAGCCAACCUCAACAACGAUCUUAUAAAGCAAACUUGUGAAAGGUUCAAGAUUGCUCAUUGA